CCAUUGCUUGAUCCUGCGACAAUUCGUUUAAUUUCUCAACUGGAUACCGCCUCCCUUGCGUCGUUGCAGUCUGCUUUUGGUCAAACUAUCCCAGCACUUGGUCGUCAAUCGCAAUUCGCAUCGUCAUUGGAAGCAAUUCGUCCCGUUGGUGUGGCUGGCAUUUUGGGUGAACAUCAUUAUGUGCCGAUAGGAAUACCGCCAGCAAUACGAUCAUCUGCGAAGAAUAACGCUAAUGCAUCUGAUUUGUCACUUCGAUGCUCGAUUGGAGGAGUAGGAUCGAAUCCUGGACAAUUUGGUUCACCACAUGGUUUUUGUCUUGGUCAUAACGAAGAAAUCCUCGUUACGGAUACAAAUAAUCAUCGUAUACAAAUCUUUACGAAGAAAGGUGAAUUCAUCAUGCAUUUUGGAAUCGGUGGCUCAGAAGAUGGUCAUUUAUUUUAUCCAAAAAAAGUGGUGGCAUUCAGAUCUCGAAUGGGUGAAGGAGGCUACAUUAUUGUUGACAAAGGUGAAAAUAAGGCCAGGUUACAAUUGUUCUCGAAGCGGGGCGACUUUAUUCGACGUCUUCAAACUCCUUAUCUCGAGUAUGUUUCGGCAUUAACGGUAAAUGAAGCAUCACAUCUAGUAGUAUUCAGCAGCUCGGUAAUGAUGUUCAUCCUGGAUAUUGAUCUUUUGGAACCCCUGGUGCUUAAAUGGAAUGACUGUACUAAAGCGAUUGGUGAACCAUCUGAUGUAGCUGUUUUUCGAGAUAGAUAUUAUGUUACUGAUUACAAGAAUCAUUGCGUAGUUGCACUCAAUAGUGAUGGUGAGGUGCUCUGUCGUUUCGGAUCCUUUGAGAGUACCCCAUAUCCAAUCGGUGUUGAUGUAUCAACAAAUGGUGAUGUAUUGGUGGCAGAUUCCCAUGGCAAUCAUUUUCAUAUUUACUGUUGUGCAACUGAUGGGCAGCGGUUGCAGGAAUUCGAAUGUUCGCAACUGAAAGCAAGUUAUUUCAGCUUUAUUAUAAUGGGACUUUAA